CAUCUCUUUAGGUGUUCGCGUUUACGUCACACACAGAUGCCCAAUAGGUCAAUCCCCUUUUCAGAUUCCAUUCGAUGGCAUACAAGGUGCGUGAAUUCAUUCGGUAGUCUCCUCAAUGUAUAUCUCAAUAGGUUCCUGUAAAUUCGUUGGCCGAUGGGUUUCUCGGUUGUUUCGCUUUCAGAAUUCCCUGUUGUUAAUCUUUUAUGAUUAUCUGACCUUCAAUUUUGAGGCAACAGUAAAUGCUCGCGUCGAUAUAUGCUUCAAGUCUUUGGAACACAAACAAACACUUACUUGUUCUGUGCGCUUAUUGCAGCAGAUUUCCUCAAUGGUUUACAUUACUGAAUGUCUGUCUUCAACUUUAGAUCUCAUAUCUGAUUUUUCGUCAUCUGUUCCGUGUGAAACUGUGUUGCCUGACGAGGAAACUGAAAGAGGUGAUCUCCUUCAAACUGCGAUUGCUACUGUCGAUAGUGAUUGUUGAUGUUGUUCAGUAAGCACCCUUAUCAACUCUGUCUUCUUCACGUUUAUCUGAGGUCCUUACUUCACUGCUUCUCUCGACAAAUUGUUCUCAUUCACCCAAAGAUCUUCAGAUUUGUGUGACAUUAAACGUAAAUCGU